UAGAACACAGGAAGUGGUAAAGCGGCACAGCUUUAACACACACCUCUGCUCUGUCAGUCAGUCAUCAAAUGAAAUGAAACAGCCUUUAUUUGUCACAUAUACAUUACAGCACAAUGAAAUUCUUUCUUCGCAUAUCCCAUCCUUGGAGGUUGGGGUCAGAGAGCAGGGUCAGCCAUGAUACGGCGCCCCUGGAGCAGAGAGGGUUAAAGGCCUCAAGGGCCCAACAGUGGCAACUUGGCGGUGCUGGGGCUUGAACCCCUGAUCCUCCGGUCAACGACUCAGAGCCUUAACCACUUGAGCCACCACUGCCCCUCAGUGUAUCAGAGGGACAGGAUGGAGCUCAGUCCACUCUCUGUGAUGCUCUUGCUGAUUUCACUUAUACCAGUGGCUCAGGCUCAAGGGAGUCCUAAAGCUGUGGUGUCCAUAAUGCCUGAUUUACAUGUCUUCAUUGGAGAGAUUAUUACUCUCAGAUGUGACAUACAGGGAGGAGGAGACACUCAGUGGACUUACAGCUGGAAGAAAAUUAAUAACAAAGUCUACACAGAUGGAAGUAAGAGAUUCUACACAGACAACACAAUGCAGGAGUUCAGAAUCCAGUAUGUUAAAGUCUCUGACAGUGGUACCUACACCUGCAGAGGACAUGGGAGAGACUCUCAGAGCUCAGAGAUCAGUGAUGCUGUUACACUGACUGUAUCAGCAAAACCCAAACCGACUGUGAGAGUGAAUCCUCAGAGCUCCGUCUACACUGGAGACACCGUCACUCUGAGCUGUGAGCUGCAGCAGGGGACUGGAUGGGAGUUUCACUGGCACAAAAAUAAUCAGUGGUUACAGAAUCUGAACAGUGAACAAGAGAACACACUUAAAGUGACAGUCGAUAAUGCAGGAGAAACAGAGUACUGGUGUCGAGCACGCAGGAGAAACUACUACAGCUACUAUAACAACAACUAUUACCGUGACUACUCCACAGAGUUUAGUGAUCCUGUCAAGAUUAGACUGAGAGGUAUGUCAUGAUGUUUUUACUGUUUUCAUCACAGGUUUAUUAAAGCAAAAAGAUUUGGUAAGCAAAAAUAUUGCUUAUUUACACUGAUCAGGCAUAAUAUUAUGACCACUGACAAGUGACGUGAAUAACACUGAUUAUCUCCUCAUCAUGGCACCUGUUAGAGGGUGGCAUAUAUUAGGCAGCAAGUUAACAUUUUAUCCUCAAAGUUGAUGUGAAGAAGGUGGCCUGGUCUGAUGAAUCACGUUUUCUUUUACAUCACGUGGAUGGCCAGGUGCAUGUGCGUCAGAGGAACACGUGCGUCUGGGGAACACAUGGCACCAGGAUGCACUAUGGGAAGAAGACAAGCCAUCGGCGGCAGUGUCAUGAUUUGGGCAAUGUUCUGCUGGGAAACCUUGGGUCCUGCCAUCCAUGUGGAUGUUACUUUGACACGUACCACCCACCUAAGCAUUGUUGCCAUGUACACCCUUUCAUGGAAACGCUAUUUGCUGAUGGCUGUGGUCUCUUUCUGCAGGGUAUUGCGACAUGACACAAAACAAAAAUGGUUCAGAAAUGGUUUGAAGAGCACAACAACCAGUUUGAGGUGUUGACCUGGCCUCAAAAUUCCCCAGAUCUCAAUCCAAUCCAGCAUCUGUUAGAUGUGCGGGACAAACAAGUCUGAUCCAUACAUAAGUUAAAGGAUCUGCUGCUAACAUCUUGGUGCCAGAUACGACAACACACCUUCAGGGAUCUAGUGGACUCCAUGACUUGACAGGUCAGGGCUGUUUUGGACCAACACAAUUUUAGGCAGUUGGUCAUAAUGUAAUGCCUGAUUGGUGUUUAUUGUUAUUCCUUGUUGUUCCUUGUUAUUGUUAUGUUCAAAAUAAUUUUAAAAUACAUAUGUGGCUGUUGAGAUCCUUCAGGACAGAGGAGUUUAUGUUUCGCAGUUUUUCUGUAACAUGACAAGUUGCAUUGUUAUAUGUAUUCAUUAAAGAUUGAGUAAAAUAGAGGCUGGUGAGAAAACGACAGAUAUUUGGGACACAUCCCCACCAGACCAUCAGACGGCAACCACGCACAUAUAUUUUGAACAGUUUCUGUUUUGUUACUGUUUUCUUUGCCAUGUGGGUUUUUGUUCAGAUUCAUGUCUUGUCUCUGCCCCGUCCUGUCAUUGGUUGUUGCUCUAAUGUGUCUGGAUUAUACUCAUCUGUUUUCAGUUUCACCCUUGAUUUGUCUGUGUAUUUAACCCCUUUGUUUAACCACAUCUUUGUCUUGCAACUGAUGGCACGGUGUGUUUAUUCUGCCACAGCCCUGAUCCAGUGUUUGUUUUUGCUUCAUUUCUGUGUCGCAGUUUGUAGCUUCUCUGUAAAUAAAUGACCUUCUACACUUGUAUCUGCCUCCAGCCCCAUAAUUCCACAACGUUAAAUUUAACAAUAAAUGGAUCAAAAGUACAAUUCAUUUGUUAAUAAAUUAAACUGUAAUCAUUGGCACAUGCUGUUAUAGGAAAAUAAUCUGUUCUUCAGGAUGGAAACAGUAACUCGGCUUCAUAACACCAGCACACCACUCUUACUAUUACUAUAGACUGUUUUAUUACUUAAACUUUGUUAAUAAAAGGGAAACAGACAGUUUACAGUACAGCUAAAAACCAGAAGUCUUCAACUUGUGUGAAAA